AUGCUUGAUUGUAAACCUGCUGAUACUCCUAUCGAGCAAAACCAUCGGUUGGCAGAGUCUGUGGAUCAGGUACCCACAGAUAAAGCGAGAUAUCAGAGGUUAGUUGGCCGGUUGAUUUAUUUGUCCCACACUAGACCUGAUUUAGCCUACGCAAUUAGUGUGGUGAGUCAGUUUAUGCAUAAUCUCAAUGAGAUUCAUAUGGAUGUUGUAUUUCGUAUCUUGCAAUAUUUGAAGUUUGUUCUUGGGAAGGGAUUAAUCUUUUCCAAACACUAUCAUUUGGGUGUUUUCGGGUACACAGAUGUAGACUGGGCAAGUAAUAUUACGGAUCGCAGAUCUACUUCGGGCUACUUCACGUUUGUUAAUGGUAACUUAGUCACUUGGAAGAGCAAGAAACAAAAAGUGGCGGCUCGUUCCAGUGCUAAAGCAGAAUAUAGAGGAGUGGCCCGAGGACUCUGUGAGAUGUUGUGGUUGAGACAUUUGUUGAGAGAUUUGAGAUUCAAGCAGAAGAAGGCUAUGCCGCUUUAUUGUGAUAAUAAGGCUACAAUUGAAAUCAUGUUCCACAUGAUUGCACCAAAUAUGUGGAGGUAG